UGGAAACUGUUUGUUAUAUUUAGACAAUGGGGGAUUGAGUACCAAACAUACAGUAGAUGACAUUCAUUUAUAGCUACAGUGGAUAUUAAAAGUCCACCCACCCCUGUUCAAAUGCCAGGUUAGACCAAGAUGAAUAAUUAAAAAAAAAUAAAAAAUAAAAAAUCCCAGAAUUAAUGUGACCUUUAAUCUGUACAACUCAAUUGAAAAAUGAAAAUAUUUCCAAAGGAAAGUCAAAGCAAAUAAGUGAGAUAAUGUGGUUGCACCAGUGUGCAUCCUAUAAGUGGGAUGUGGCUGAGUUCGGAUUCAUCACAUCCAAACUCGUGUUAAAUGUGAGUCAGCACACACCUGCUACCAUUUAAAGGGCCUCUGAUUAACCCCAAAUACAUUUCAUCUGUAUAAUUAGACUUUUCCUGACUUUUUUCCGCUGAUUUCUAGCAGAAGCCUCUAAGUUUUGUGCUUACAUUGACUGCGAUUCUUUUAAACUGUUAAUAAUUCCUUUCACCUUGUCUAAGGCCCCAGUUUCAGCAUCCAAAUUCUCCUGAAGAAAUGUGGGGAAAAUGUGUUACGGGCCAAUGAAACCAAGAUUGAACUUUUUGGGCAUAAUUCCUAGAGUGUCUUCAGCAAGAUUCUCUGCAAAAGAGGCCUACAGGUUAAUCUACCGCACAUACCUUCAAGAUGGCUUCUUCAGUCUGUGGAGGGGCAACUCUGCCACUAUGGUGCGAGUCAUCCCGUAUGCCGCCAUCCAGUUCUGUGCUCACGAGCAGUAUAAAAGUCUCCUGGGAGACUACUAUGGCUUUCAGGGGAAGGUCCUCCCACCACUCCCGAGGUUACUGGCUGGAUCAAUGGCAGGCAUCACUGCAGCCAUGUUGACGUAUCCUCUGGACAUGGUGCGAGCUAGGAUGGCUGUUACACCAAAAGAAAUGUACAGCAACAUCCUGCAUGUGUUUGUGCGGAUCUCCCGGGAAGAGGGACUGAAGACCCUGUAUCGAGGUUUUACGCCCACCAUACUAGGUGUGGUCCCCUAUGCGGGCCUCAGCUUCUUUACCUAUGAGACGCUGAAAAAGCUUCAUGCAGAGAGAAGUGGGCGUGCACAGCCCUACUCGUAUGAACGGCUAGCCUUUGGGGCCUGUGCGGGCCUCAUCAGUCAGUCGGCGUCUUACCCUUUGGAUGUGGUACGCCGGCGCAUGCAGACCGCAGGGGUCACGGGUCACACUUACGGCACCAUCCUGGGCACCAUGAGGGAGAUCAUGUCUGAGGAGGGUGUUAUCCGAGGACUCUAUAAAGGCCUCAGUAUGAACUGGGUCAAAGGGCCCAUUGCGGUAGGGAUCAGCUUCACAACCUUUGACCUCACUCAGAUUCUCCUGAGGAAGCUGCAUGAGAUGGGCUACACGUCCCGGUAAUGGUGAGAAAACACGGGACUUCUGGAUGUUACAAUUUCACAGGGAAUGGGGGGAGAGUGUAUGUGGAGUGUGUAUUGCGCCAGUGGAGGCAAACACACACUCACAAUAAGUGGAUAAUGUGUCCUUAACGUGCUUCCUGAAGAUGUGACUAAGCUUCUGUACGCUUCUGUAAGCGCUCUUGUCAUGUGCAUCAAAGUGCAAUAUGCUCAGUUUUUUAUCCGUACAUGUCUGGGCACUAAAGUUAGACUGUGAGCGUUACAUACACGCCAACGGGCUUCUAGCUACCUUGUCUGCGUAAAGGGACACCUUCCAAUGCAAUGCAAACUGACAUUUAAUUACUGUCCAUGUUACACGUUCGAUAAUAUAUGAGUUUACACCGUAAAUAGGUUUUAUGUGGAUAGAUGUAGUGGAUAAUGAGGUAUUGAAAGGAGAAUGUAACUCCAGUAUGUGCCCAAAGUGACCUAAACAUUCAGUUCAGUGUUUGCUUCCAACGACUUAUGGUGCAACUCAAUAAAUGACAGGGUGUGCACGGUCGUGAAAAAACAGAAAAAGUUAUGAAUUUUGAAAAUGUGUUUUUUCCAAGUCACGGAAAUAUUGCGUGGAUAACAUUUAGGAUGACUUUUUGUCACAACACCGUCUGUCCUUAACGUGCUCCCUUUUGGCUUCGACCCUCAGCCAAAUACCGCGCACAAGUUCGAAUCAGGUAAGUAAAACAAUAAAAUACAGUCCCCUCCAAAAGUAUUGGAACAGCAAGGUCAAUUCCUUUGUUUUUGUUGUAGACUGAGGACGUUUGGGGUUCAGAUCAAAAGAUGAAUGAGACAAAAGUUCAGAAUUCCAGCUUUUAUUUCAUGGUAUUUACAUCUAGAUGUGUUAAACAACUCAGGAUAGAGGACCUUUUGUUUGAAGCCACCCACUUUCAAGUGAGCAAAUGUAUUGGAACGUGACUGAUAUACGUUUCUAGUUGCUCAGGUGUUGCCUUCUAGGUUGAUUGCUUUUGAUUGUAACAUUAGAUAGUGCUUUUUUUUGGGCUUUGGGUUUCACCUGUGAAAACUGCAUUUGCCGUUAAGCAAACAUGAAGACCAGAGAGCUGUCUAUGCGAGAAAAGCAAACCAUUUUGAAACUGAGAGAAGGGGAAAUCAAUCUGAGCUAUUGCACAAACAUUGAGCAUAGGCAAUACAACAAUUUGGAAUGUCCUAAAAAAGAAAGAAACUACUGGUGUACUGAGCAACAGACAUAGAACAGGUCGGGCAAAGGUAUCAAGAGCAGUUGAUGACAGAAAUAUUGUGAGAGCUGUGAAGAAACACCCAAAGAUAAUAGUCAGUGACAUCACUGCCAACCUCCACAGGGAAGGGGUGAAGGGAACACCAUCCACUGUUCGAUUAAGACUACAGCCCAUACCACAAGAUGCAAACCACUCAUCAGCGAAAAUGAAGGCCAGAUUGGACUUUGCAAAGUACAGAUAUGAGCCACAAAAGUUUUGGAACAAAGUUUUAUGGACUGAUGAAACCAAGAUUAACCUCUACCAAAGUGAUGGCAAGGCCAAAAUAUGGAGAAAGAAAGGAUUGGUUUAUGAUCCAAAACACACAAACUCAUCUGUUAAGCAUGGUGGAGGUAAUGUCAUGGUUUGGGCUUCCAUGGCUGCUUCUGGAACGGGCUCACUCGUCUUUAUUGAUGAUGUAACUCAUUAUGGUAGCAGCAGAAGGAAUUCUGAGGUCUACAAAACCAUUUUGCCUGGCAAUUUACAGAAAAAUGCAUCCAAACUAAUCAGGAGAAGCUUCAUCAUGCAACAAGACAAUGACCCAAAACACACUGCCAACACAAUAAAGGACUUAUAUCAGGAAUAAAGAGUGGAAGGUCUUAGACUGGCCAAGUCAAUCACCGUACCGUAACCCAAUAGAGCAUGCAUUUUACCUCCUGAAGAGGAGACUGAAGGGAGAAACCCCCAGAAACAAACAAGAACUGAAAGAGGCUGCAGUAAAGGCUUGGAAAAGCAUUUCAAGUGAAGUCUGUCUGGCGAAGUCAAUGGGUCGCAGGCUUGAUGCAGUUAUUGCAAGUAAGGAUGAUGCCACCAAAAUAUUAAAUGUUAUUCACUUUAAGUUAAUUUAAUAAUGUCUGUUCAAAUACUUUUCCUCAUUUGAAAAGUAGGUGGCUUCAAACAAAAGGUGCUCUGUCCUGAGUUGUUUAACACAUCUAGAUGUACUGGUAAAUACUAUGAAAUGAAAGCUGGAAUUCGGAACGUUUGUCUUCAUCUUUUGAUCUGAAACCCAAUUGUCUUCAGUAUACAACAAAAGCAAAGGAAAUGAUCUUGCCGUUUCAAUACUUUUGAAGGGGACUGUACGUCUUUUGCCAACAUUGAGGCAGUUAAGUUAAACUAAGACGGUGGGUCAACUCAAAUGCAAAUAACAAGCUAACACUGACAUAUGUAUUUACACAGGAAUAGAGUCCAGACCGCUCAAGAAGAAAUAGAAAAUGGGUGAAUGAAAAUAAAGUAUAGCUUUAAAGCAAAUAUCCUAGCUAAAGGAGAGAAAACUAACAUUUUAUCAUAUAUUUUUGUUCGAGCUGCAUUUUAAGUAUGGGCCAACAAAAUGAAAAGAUGCCAAGUGUAAAGAGUGUCCAUGUUAUUUCAUCAUCAAGGUUGCACUGUAUCAUAUAGAUUUUCCAUCAUACUUUUCAUUUAACCAUCUGACAUUAGUGGUCAUAAGCUAGACAGAAGGUGAUGAUUUUUUUCUGAUUGACUCAUUUUAUAGACAUGAAGCACACAUGAAGAGGGAAGUGAAUAAUCAUUAGAGAAUUAUUGUGUGUUUUGCCUCGGUACAUUAUCACAUUUAAAUUUGUAUGUGUGUUGUGAUUGUUGGCCAGUUUCUGUUAAAGGCAAACUCAGGCCAGAUAUUUGAGUAGACUGAGCAGGAGGGGGCAGUGGAGUGUCUUUUAAACAUGAGACAAUCUUAACAUAGCAGCUGGUUAACACCCCUCUAAGUAUUUAUAGCAUGACACGACAUAGUGAAAUGUGACUAUAUCUGAAUAAUAUAUAAACUUAGGAACACAACUUGAAUUUGUAUCUUUUAUUGGUAGUCGAUAGCCGGGCUUCUUUAAACUUUGGGUCCAGAGACCCCUUACAGGGGAGAAUUUCUUCCAGGGAUAACCUCAUAAUCCUAACGCCAAUUAACUUAACUACCACGAGUACCCCUUAAUGCAACAGGAAUUUUACACAUUUUGCUUAGUAAGUUUACAAAGCAAAGUCAUAUUUUUUAUAUUACAUUAUAUUUGGGGUUGUCAAAUUUAUGUGACGAUACAUCACAAUCAUCAGAGCUUUCGAUUGGCCCAAAGCUAAGGUAGGGAGGAGUAAUUGGUUUAUCAUGUUUGUGCUAUUGGCUGCCGGUCCUCAUUCUGAGUUAUAUUCUUGUUCUGACAUAAUAGUUUCAUGCAAGUUAUUUUCCAGACCCCCAAGCUACGCCUUACUGACCCCUAGGGGUCCCCGGACCCCAGUGUGAGAACCACUGGUAGAACAGUGUGGAUGACAUAUGGAAAGCCUUUCAGUUUGUAGUUUCAUCUCAGCAGCUGCGAUCUCACUGAACAUCUCAGUAUUGUGUCUUUAAGUGCCUGGGGAGGAGUAGUAACCGUUGUACUAUGAGUGAGCUACUUUCGCGACCCUUUUUGAAAGUUGAUCAUUUUCUAGUUUUUGAUGGUCUGCUAUUGGAGUUGAUUUAUUCGCACUCUGAAUGAAUGUAAUUCUUCAAUCCACUUUUUCUACAUGGAUUUUGUCACCUCCUAGUAGGCAGACACACAAGCCACGUUUCACAAAUCCUUUCUAAGCAACUCAUUUUGGGAGUGUUUUUGAUGUACUUGACUGAAGGGGUGUCGCCAAGAAUUUGGGGCCCCACUACAAUGCUGCAAAUUGAAAAUAUGAUUUUCUAUGGCCCCUGUCAAUCAUGGGCCCUUAAAAUUGUCACCACUUUACUCCCUGGUUAGGGUACGUAUCCACUAUGUUCCCAGUGACCACGGCAGCCAUGAAAUGUAACUGUGCUGUGGGAUUUUGGCUAUUUUUCCCCCCUCAGUAAGGUUCACGGUAUCGUUGACGGGCCUGAGGGGCUGCUGAGUGUCUGUGGCUCAAAGGUGCUCUACGUUCCGACCACAGAUUUCCACAGAUGCCAGUGUGUUCCCUCCCAGCCCGUCACGUUCUGAUGGCCGUCCCUCACAUUAGCCCAGUUCUGUCAAGGCCUGGGCUAAUGAAACGUAGACAUUGGGCAGCUUUGGAGCCAGUUUCUGGCCUCGGCAGAGUAAAACAUUUAAAAGAGCUUGUUUUCAACGUAACACAAUUCAAUCAACGUGGCUUAGUUUAAAAAAAUAAAAAUAAAUAAAUAAAUAAUAAUAAUAAUCUGUCGGCAAGUGUGAGAUGACGGGGAAAUAUGCUUCCCGUCCCACUACGGACUGCUUUCAAGUUGUGUUCCACCCUAUACAAACAUCGAAGGUUGGCUGUCCCUUUGAUGAGCUCAUUUCUAAUUUUAUCCAACCUGGUCACUCCGAGAGCGACCCUCAACAUCUUCAUUUCCGCCACCUCCAGCUCUGCUUCCUGUUGUCUCUUCAGUGCCACUGUCUCUAAUCCGUACAUCAUGGCUGGCCUCAUCACUGUUUUAUAAACUUUGCCCUUCAUCCUAGCAGAGACUCUGAGUCCUGCUUGGACCCAUUUCUUCACUUCCUGACUACACUCACCAUUGCUCUGGACGGUUGACCCCAAGUAUUUAAAGUCCUCCACACUUGCUAGCUCUUCUCCCUGCAGCCUCACUCUUCCCCCACCACCCCUCUCAUUCAUGCACAUAUAUUCUGUCUUACUUCGGCUAAUCUUCAUUCCUCUGCUUUCCAGUGCAUGCCUCCAUCUUUCUAACAGUUCCUCCACCUGCUCCUUGCUUUCACUGCAGAUCACAAUGUCAUCUGCAAACAUCAUGGUCCACGGGGAUUCCAGUCUAACCUCAUCUGUCAGCCUAUCCAUCGCCACUGCAAACAGGAAGGCGCUCAGGGCUGAUGCCCGAUGCAGUCCCACCUCCACCUUAAAUUCAUCUGUCACACCUACAGCACACCUCACCACUGUUCUGCUUCCCUCGUACAUGUCCUGUAUUAUUCUAACAUACUUCUUUGCCAUUCCAGACUUCCGCAUGCAGUACCACACUUCCUCUCUGGGUACUCUGUCAUAGGCUUUCUCUAGAUCAACAAAGACACAAUGUAGCAAAUAAUGCAUCUGUGGUAUUCUUUCUAGGCAUGAAACCAUACUGUUGCUUGCAAAUACUCACUUCUGUCCUGAGUCUAGCCUCCUACUCUUUCCCAUAACUUCAUUGUUUGGCUCAUCAACUUUAUUCCUCUAUAGUUCCCACAGCUCUGCACAUCACCCUUGUUCUUAAAAAAUAGGCACCAGCACACUUUUCCUCUAUUCCUCAGGCAUCUUCUCAUGCGCUAGAAUUCUAUUGAACAAGCUGGUCAAAAACUCCACAGCCACCUCUCCUAGAUGCUUCCAUACCUCCACAGGAAUGUCAUCAGGACCAACUGCCUUUCCAUUUUUCAGCCUCAUUAAUGCCUUUCUAACUUCCCCCUUACUAAUCAUUGCCACUUCCUGGUCCACCACACUUGCCUCUUCUACUCUCCUUUCUCUCUCAUUUUCCUCAUUCAUCAACUCCUCGAAGUAUUCUUUCCAUCUAUCUAGCACACUACUGGCACCAGUCAACAUAUUUCCAUCUCUAUCCUUAAUCACCCUAACCUGCUGCACAUCCUUCCCAUCUCUAUCCCUCUGUCUGGCCAACUUGUAUAGAUCCUUUUCUCCUUCUUUAGUGUACAAACAGGCAUACAUGUCAUCAUAUGCCUCUUCUUUGGCCUUUGCCACCUCUACCUUUGCCCUAUGUCGCAUCUCAAUGUAUUCCUUUCGCCUCUCCUCGGUCCUCUCAGUGUCCCACUUCUUAGGUAACCUUUUUCCUUGUAUGAUUUUCUGUACUGUGAGGUUCCACCACCAAGUCUCCUUCUCUCCUUUCCUGCCAGAAGAUACACCAGGUACUCUCCUGCCUGCCUCUCUGAUCACCUUGGCUACAGUGGUCCAGUCUUCAGGAAGCUCCUCCUAUCCACCAAGAGCCUGUCUCACCUCUUCCUGAAAAGAUGCAAAACAGUCAUCCUGUCUCAGCUUCCACCACAUGGCUCUCUGCUUUACCUUUGUCUUCCUAAUCUUCCUCCCCACCACCAGUCAUUUUACACACCACAAUCCUAUGCUGUCUAGCCACACUCUCCCCUACCAUACCUUACAGUCGGUAACCUCCUUCAGAUUACAUCGUCUGCACAAGAUGUAAUCCACCUGCGUGCUUCUACCUCCGUUCUUGUAAGUCACCCUAUGUUCCUGCCGCUUGAAAAAAAAGAAGUGUUCACAACAGCCAUUUGCAUCCUUUUUGCAAAGUCUACCACCAUCUGUCCCUCCAAGUUCCUUUCCUGGAUGCCGUACUUACCCGUCACUUCUUCAUCACCCCUAUUUCCUUCACCAACAUGUCCAUUACAAUCUGCACCAAUCACGACUCUCUGUCUGGGAUGCUCAGAACUACUUCGUCUAGCUCCUUCCAGAAUCUCUCUGACUGCCGUGGGAAAUGUCUUGACAAUUUAAACAUCAACACAAGGCAAAUUCAUAUAAAUAGCGCAUUUCAUACACAAGGUAACUCGAUGUGCUUUACAUGAUUAAGAACAUUUAAAAACAAAGUACAGAAAAAUAAAAGACAGCUUAAAAAUAAUUACUAAAAGAAUAUACCGUGCAAGAUAAACUUUUAAAAAAGAUGAAAAUGCCCUAAAAGGCUCAAUCAUAAGUACGAGGGAAAGUAAUAGUUUUUAAUAAUAAUUAAUAUUUUUUAAGAAUAGUUUUGUCUUAAAUACAUUCACACUUGGGGCAGACUUCACUUCUGUUGGCAACUUAUUUCAUUUGUAUGCAGCAUAACAGCUAAAUGCUGUUUCACCAUGUUUGCUUUGGACUUUGUGCCCCACUGUCUGACCUAAAUCUGUAGAUCUCAGAGCCCUACUGGGUUUAUAUACCAUUAGCAUUUCUCUAAUGUAUUCAGGACCUAAACCAUUUCGCGUUUUAUAGACCAGUAGCACAACUUCAAAGUCUAUUCUUUGGCUGACUGGGAGCCAGUGUUGAGACUUUAGAAUUGGAGUAAUAUGUUCUGAUCGCUUUGUUCUGAAUGAGCUGCAGCUGUUUAAAGCUUUUUUGGAAAAUUCCAGUCAGAAGACCACCAUUCUGCCGUGUUUGCCCAUCCCAUCCCCCCCGCGUUACCUCAUGACUAUCCUGUUUGUGUACAGUGACCUGAAACAGAGCUGCCGUGGCUCCUGGGAACGUGUAAACGUAGCUUUACAUGUGAUGACUGUUAAUUUAUUUUGAUUUCUGUUGGAAUGACAUAAAAAAAAUAAUAAUAAUUGCGUAGCGACUUGAUGAAAUACUCAAAAUUUUAAAAUAUAAGUGAUGAACCAUUUUAAUUUUCAAAUAUGUUGUUGUUUUAAAACAAUUUGCGUACCUCCGAGUACACUGUAUUUGCAUGGUAUGUAUUGUUCUAAGUGCAGUGGUGGUUUAGAAAACGCUUUGUUUGUUCCUGUGAUUUGUGCCAUCUGAGUGUUUGUGCACCUGAUCUCUACACUGUGUUCAGAUUGACUGAUUUUAAAUGUCAAUUAAAACUUGUUUCCUAAGUACUGUC